AAAAAGAAACCCUUGAAUAAGACUUCGAUUCUGAAAUUAAUUUGGUACAAGUUGGUUAUGUAAAUUUUUUGUGUUAAGUGUAGUUUUAUGUCAACACCGGACUGGACCUAUUGGCUAGACGGAUUCUGCACACUGGACACUCAAACACUGGUGGCGAAAUGUGCACCGGCAAGGAAUAUCUGGAACUGGUCAGCCUAUUCGUGCAGGCCAAGCCCCCAAAACCCCGGGAGCUGAGGCCCUGCAACCAGCAUGAGCUGCUCCUCCAACUCCUCUGCCGUCGCAGGGAGCUCACCAAGAACCAACUCGCGGAUCUACUCUGGAACGUGACCAAUGGGCCAAAGAAGAAGAACUUAAGGAGAAGGCAGUGCGGUGGAAUGGACGGCCAGCAGUCGGAGCCCACCGAUAUCGAAGUAGUGUUCGGGUGCAGGGAGAAGACGCCACCAUCCUCCAUUUCGCAGCGAGGCUGGGGAAGAUCACGCAUCGAGUGGCUGCACAAGCUGGAGGCUCAGCAGAUGCAAUACUACCAGGCCUGGCAGGAGACCCCUAAAGUCCAGGCAUGUUGCACACCUGGUGGCAAAAAGAACAAGGAAUGCAAGGCACCCAGAAAAUUGGACAAGGAAGGCAAAGACAGGAACAGGAACAGGAGGAAGCUGCCGGGCUGUUGGGCCCUGCUGCCAUUCAGCUGUGGCUGGGACCUCGCACACGAUUCCAGCUGCCAGGACGUGCCCCACCGCAAGCCGAGAUGAGAUGAGUUCGUGAUUUGCCUUUUGGGCCGCCCAGACAAGGGGCACUAUCAACUUUUUCGACCAGCCUGCACUUUGAAUCCGAUUUCCCAAGCACCGGGACCGCAAUUAAAUUCGUCUGCAGACACAACUCUCGACAAGUGCCGGUUGCUAGAUGCCAAAGUUGCAUUCUGCGGCUGAAGAGUGGCUUCGCCAAGAGGAGGACUCUGAUUCGAUUCCCUUAGCCCAGUCACGGCCUAAUUUGAUGAAUUCGUCAAGUGCCAACUCGAGGACCAAGUUUUGGGCGCCAAUUGAAAUCGGCGAGAUUCUCGAAGUUCGCCUUUAGUUCAAAAAGGCGCUGAGUGCAUCAACUUUAAACAGCGGUUUACUACAGUAAAGAGGGAUUUUCUUUUUAUAGGGGAAUGACCUUAGAUUUCGAACGUUAAAUUAAAUCGAUUGGCAAACCGA